UGUAUUAUAAUCCAAUGAUGAUCCCACAGUAUAAUAACAGUAACCAUUUCUUUUUAGAUAAUGAAAGAUGUUUGUGUCAUUGGUGCAGGAGUGGCUGGUCUUGUUGCUGCUAGAUAUUUGCGAGAAAAGUUUUGUGUAACCGUUUAUGAAGCUUCUCCAUCAAUUGGCGGAAUUUGGUUGUACAAUAAACAUGAGACAGGAGUUAAGCACACUCCUAUGUACAAGAACCUCAGAACAAACUUGCCAAAACAACUGAUGACUUUUAGAGACCUUCCUUAUCAUAAAGAUAUUCCAACUUUUCUCACUCAUGGGCAAGUGAUGAAAUAUUUAGAGGAUUAUAGUGAGAAAUUCUCGAUAGCAGACCUUAUCCAAUUCAAUACUCCUGUCACCUCUGUUAAACCAGAAACCUCAACUGACCCUGUUAAAUGGAUUGUGUCCACGGCUAAUGGCCAAAAGACCUAUGAUGCUGUAGCAGUUUGUACCGGCUCCUUCAAUGAACCACGGUAUCCUGAUGACAUUGACCUGACAAAUUAUUCUGGAGCAGUUUAUCAUAGCUCAACAUACAAAGAUCCAUCAGAUUUUACUGAUCAUGAAAGUAUAUUUGUUGUUGGAGCUGCUAAUUCUGCAGUAGACAUAGCCUUAGAGCUGUGGAAAGCUGGCAAGAAAAUUGUUCUUUUCCAUCGAAAGUCAGAAGACCUACCUGGUUUUCCUGACGACGUUAUUCAAAUCCGGAAAUCUAUUUCAAGUUUGAACAACAAGGAUAUAAAAUUUAAUGAUGGUCAUUCAGUAAUCUGUGAUGCUAUACUAAUGUGCACUGGGUUUGAUACAGACGUUUCCUUUAUAGAUAAGUCGUGUGGGCUAUCUGUUAAAGGUGAUUUGACUGUCGUUCCUCUUUAUCUGUACAUGAUAAAUCCUCACUUUCCAUCUAUGGCUCUGUUUGACAGACUUUUCACGAUAACUCCUUUCUUGCUUUGCGAGUAUCAGGCAAUUUUAUUUGCAAAAUUACUCAAUAAAACAGUCAAGUUGCCUUCUGAGACCCACUGUAUGUUGAAAGAAGCAAACAAUUUGAUAAAUCAUAGCAAAAGAUUAAGUGAUCGUAAACUUUAUCUUUCGACGAAUGGAAUGCAGAAUCACAUGGAUUACUAUCGUGAAAUUGGAAACAUUAUAGGCGAUCAUUUGAUUGAGUAUGAGUAUGGUGUUACUCUUCAUGAAAAAGUUCUACAUUGUCGAAAUAUCAACCCUUUAGAGUAUCGGGACUGGCCUAAUUCUCAUUGGGAAAACUUGGGGUUUUAAAAGAAGGGAAGAGUAAUUUGAUAUGAUGCAUGAUGUCAAUUUAUUGGGACAGGUAUAAUUGGUACCUAAUAUAGAAUCAACUAAAAUGAAACUAAAUGUGCCCAUUUUGAAAAUAUUGUAGUUCUAUUAAAAUCAGCAUUUAUUUAAUGUACGUUGAUGAGGUGUUUAUUUUCUUAAAGUCUGUGUUCACUUUGUUCAAUAUUUUACAUGAAAACAACACCAUCUGUCAUGUCCUUGGUUUCAAUUAAUUUUAUAUAAUGUAUUUAAAUACAAUAGGUUUUUAAGCAUGUGUUGAUAAAUUUAGUGUUGAUGUUUUUAGUUUAGUGUAAUUUGAAUUAAAUACAAGGUGUUUAACCCAAAGGAUGGUAUACCAGACAUAUACUCGUACUGUAGAUUGUUUAUUGUGACCCUGACAGAUGCUAUGUAGAUAAUUGUGUAUAUAAUAUACAAACUCUCCAUACUGUGAAACUAUACCGUGGCCAUUUCUUUUCAUGGUAAAGAAGAUUAUUACUUAGCAUAGAUUUAACUUUAUACCAAC